UAAAAAUGAUAGUACUGGUGAAACUAAAACAUCUUUAGAAAAAUUAUUUGAAGGAUUUGCAAAGUCAUGGAAUUCCUUAACUCCAUAUAUCAAACGAUAUCAAUAUCGAUGUCACAAAUUGCCAUCUGAAAUACCUCAAAUGCAUUUGAAUCUUUCAAUAAUUUAUGGGCUAUAUGAACCAACUGAUGCAUCUUCCAUUUUAUGUGCCGCAAUAGAAUUCUUGGUUGAAUUACAAAAUAAUUUUUUAAACGAUAUUAAAAAAAUUUCACCUAUAACUUGUCAAUCGUUAAAAUUUAUAGAAGAAAUAGAUAAACAAGAACCAAGAUAUUGCAUACAAUCAACCAUUCUCGAAAAUGCAAAGCAAGAAAAUAUAAUUCACUAUAAAGAUAUUUCUGAAAUCUUUAUACAUAGUCAAUACGACCUUAGAUUAG